CCGUCUCUAAAUAUUGUGGUUGAACGAAACGCGCACGUGUUUUUGUGUUCAAUUUAUAAUUUUUAAAAAUGGGAUUUGGUAAACCUCGUGGCGGUGGCGGCGGCGGAGGAGGAUUUCGCGGUGGCGGCGGAGGAAGAGGAGGUGGUAACUUCAGAUCUAAUGGAGGAGGCGGAGGCGGAGGAGGAUUCGGCAGAGGCGGUGGUGGACGUGGAGGCCGUGGAGCAUUCGAUAAUGGACCUCCGGAGAGGGUGAUUCCUUUGGGAAACUUCGUUUACUCCUGCCAAAAUGACCUCGUGUGCAAAGUUGGAAUCCAGGAUGUCCCCUACUUCAACGCGCCAAUAUUCCUUGAAAACAAGGAACAAGUCGGCAAAAUCGACGAAAUCUUUGGAACAGUUCGCGAUUACAGUGUGUCCAUAAAGCUGUCGGACAACGUCUAUGCCAACAGUUUCAAACCCAAUCAGACUCUGUAUAUCGACCCUGGAAAGCUUUUGCCAAUUGCAAGAUUUCUGCCCAAACCUCCUCAACCGAAAGGAGCGAAGAAAGCAUUCACGAAUAACCGCGGUGGUGGAGGCGGCGGCGGCGGUGGAUUUGGACGAGGAGGCGGAGGUCGCGGAGGAGGUGGCCGAGGUGGCGGCGGACGAGGUGGUGGCGGAUUCCGAGGAGGUGGUGGUCGCGGAGGUGGCGGCGGCGGUGGAUUCAACAGAGGGAGAGGAGGUGGCGGCGGCGGCGGAGGUCGUGGUCGAUGGUAGUUUUCAGAAUUUGACCAAUAUUAAAACAUUUAAAGUGUACGAUAGAAUUGUUGUACAUGUACAAGUAGUUUGUAAGAAAAGGCUCAUUUGGGUACUAUUCGCUGACCAAAAACUCGAAUAUUGUACCUUGAAUGCUUCUAAAAUAAAUAUUAAAAAAGUCAAAA